CCCCAAGUAUUUGAAAUGCAGGAAUAUGAUUUAGAUGGCGAAUAUUCCAAAUUAAGAGAAAAAUUGACCAAGAUGCUGGAUUACAUACCGUUCGACAACAUUCAAAAUGAUCGAUAUAUAGAGGACGAGGACCUUCUAAUCGAAAAAGGGGUCGUUCAUAUAUAUACUGAUGGGGCAUGUACUCGAAAUGGUAACGAUGAUGCGGUUGCUGGCAUCGGAAUCUGUUUCAAACCUUAUGGUAAAAAGAAUGUAAGCCAUAAAUUAAACGUAGAAAAAAAUACCAACAAUGUAGCUGAAUUGACGGCGAUUGAAUUGGCCAUGGAAUUAAUUUUGAGAAAAACUGAUCAUAAAAAAUUGCAAAUUAAUACUGAUUCUCGAUAUGCAAUCGAUACUAUAAAAAGAACCGAGCAGUACAUUGCAAAAAAUUGGAAAAGCAAUGGAAAAGAAAUUUUGAACAGAGAAAUUUUAGAAAAAAUUGAUAAAUUGAAAAAACAAUUUGAGCAUAUCGAGAUCAAGUAUGUAGAGGGGCAUAAGUACGAUUAUGGAAAUGCCAUUGCAGACCGUUUGGCUAAGGCUGCUGUGUAUGAGGAUGAGCUAGAAGUAAUUCUACGCGAAAAUCCGAAUACCAAAAUGGAAAAGAUAGGUACCUACAUCAGACUCAAAAAUCACGAAAAAAUUAUUAAAGAUGAACAAGAAUUUAACAAAAACGAUGACGUAGCAAAAAGAGUAGAGGUCGGUGACCUCGUGAUGCUAGACACCCAUUGCCAAAGCGAUAGCAAUAAAAUGGUAUCCGGUAAACUUUAUCCUAAAAGAAAGGGACCCUACGUUAUCCUAUAUAAAAUACAUACCAACUGUUAUAGAGUCCAAAAUUAUAAAUCAACUCAACAAGAAGAUAGGCCUAUCGCCAACGUACGCCAAAUGACCCCAUUUGUAAAUAAAAAACAAUUAAGAAUGUUGGAGGAUGAAGUUCGUUAUAAAUCCAUCUUUGACGAACGUCCCUUCCAAGAAAGAAUUUAUGACAGGACCAGAUUAACCGAAAGAAAAGAACAGAAAAAAAUUGAGGAAAAAAUUGAUGAUGAGCAUGCAUUUUUUGAUAUGCUUUUGAAAGAAGAAAGAAGGAUGAAAGAAUUACAAGAAAGAGCAGAACAAAAAUUAAAAGAAGAAGAACUAGCACAUAACCAUUACAAAGCAACUGGUAAAUGGUUAUUUAAAUUACCAAAUAGGGAGCUUGACCCUGUACUGCACGAGCAUUUGAAAAAUUUGAAAAAAGCUCGAAAACUUUUGAUCCAAGAACGCCAAAAACAAAUUAGAGAAAAAAGAGAACAAGAUCAAAAAAUAAAAAUUGCUAAAAAAGUCAAAGAAAUUCAUACCAUACUGAGAAGUCAAGAUGAGAAAGAUUUAGUCUGGUUGCAAAAAGUAAGCGAUCAGAUUACACAAGAUAGGUUACACGAACUUAGUGUUCUGUGCCUAUCAACAUGUAAAACAACAGACGCUACCAAGGCAGUAAAAUCCCACCUCAUCCAAAAGGUACUCAGUAUGGAACAAGCUAAAUCUAUCUUUUGUUAUUGGGAAUAAACUAUGAAAAACUCAAACAAUGGGAAAAAACCACCUCCCAAGUCCCAAUGAUAACGUAAACCACCACGAACCGA